AUGCACAGAAAGAAUUAGUUGGCGUGAUUCUGAAUCAAUAACAAUCAUCAAUGAGUUUCACCCUCUUUACCAAUCAAUCCCACAAAACCAGAACCCAACACCAUUACUUUUUUCACAAAGUUUCUUCUGUUUGAUACAUCCACCUUUUCUCUUUUCUUUUUUGUUUCAAGUAUAAAUAUAUAUAUAUAUAUAAUAAAGGUAUAUAUUAGAGUCAUUUAUGACUGUUCUGUUCUGAGGAUAUCUACACAGCUUUCAGUGUUGUUUAUUUUUAUUUUUUGUAUUAAUGUGAAAAAGGCCAAGUGGAGAUCGAUGAAGAAGAAGAUAUAGAAGAAGUUAAUCUCAUCAGAACAGAAGCAGAGGUAGGAAGAGAUUGGGGUCCAUUCCAUGGAAAGUUUUAGGUAAAUAAUGUUAAUUUGGUUGGGAAAAAUACCUUGAAAGAUACGGACUUGUAGCGGAAAGAGCAAGCUUACGGCGGGAAAAGAAAAAAAGAAAGCGUAGGCACCAAAGCAAAACCUUCAGAAAGCAAUCGCUCUCUCUCUCUCUCUCUGAACCAGAGACUCGCAAAAAAUACCUUAUUUCUCUUCUUUUUAUGCGUAUCUCUCUCUCUAUAUAUAUAUAUUUGCAUAUCUGGGGCAAUAUGUUUUGAUAAAAAACAGAUUGAAAAGAGAGUGUUAGGACCAUUGUGACUGGGAGAUACAAUCAUUUCAAAACGGAAACAAGAGAAGGUUUCCAGUCUUUGCAUAUUUAUCAGUUAAAUCAUAGUGCGAAGACAAAAGUGGGGAUUUUUGGUGUAAGUAUGUAAAUUUCGAUCCGAGAAGAGAAGUCAUAAUAAUGAGGAGAAGUAGAUUGAUUAAUGUGGGCUUGCGUAAUCUGUUCUUGAAUCUCCUCCGAUGGAUGUUUUGAGUUAAAAUUCUUCAAAACAGAGCAGAGGUGGAGAAUCUGACAAAAGGGUUCUCUUUGAAUCUUUGCUGUACCAGCGUUUCUCAGUCUACAGUCUGUGAUAUAAAAUAUAUAGCUGGGCUGGAAAGAAAGGAAAUGGAGACCGGUGCAGUGAACCAUGGCAAUGAACAACGAGUCAUUUUGAAAUAUGAUUCGUGGUUUAGCCAAUUCCGCAAUGUGUCCAAUCCUUGGAUGGCCAGAUAUGUCUACGCCUUUAUGUUCUUAAUAGCCAACCUUUUGGCGUGGGCUGCAAGGGAUUAUAGCAGUAUCCUUCUGCCAGAAAUGGAGAGAUUAAAGGGAUGCGAUGGUGCACAAGACUGUUUAGGUGCUCAUGGCGUUUUGCGAGUGAGCUUAAGUUGCUUCACAUUCUAUUUCACCAUGUUUCUUACGACCGUUCGUACCUCAAAGUUGAAUGAGCCCAGAGAUGUGUGGCAAUCUGGAUGGUGGUCUGCCAAAAUUGUCCUGUGGGCUGCUUUGCUAAUAAUUCCCUUCUUACUUCCUUCUUCAUUUAUUCAGCUCUAUGGGCAGAUUGCACAUUUUGGUGCUGGGGUAUUUCUCCUAAUCCAGCUGAUAAGCAUAAUCAGUUUCAUUACAUGGCUGAAUGAAUGUUGUCUGUCAGAGAAGCAUGCCGAUAGAUGCCAAAUACAUGUGAUGUUAUUUGCAACUUCUGCAUAUGUUGUAUGCCUAGUGGGGAUCAUUAUGAUGUACAUUUGGUAUGCACCAGAACCAUCUUGCCUCCUAAACAUCUUCUUCAUUACCUGGACAUUAGUGCUUCUUCAACUUAUGACCAGCGUUUCUCUCCAUCCAAAAGUGAAUGCUGGUAUCUUGACUCCAGGACUAAUGGGACUUUAUGUGGUAUUCAUCUGCUGGUGUGCCAUUAGAAGUGAACCAGCUGGGGAAAAUUGCAUCAGGAGAGCAGCAGCUUCAACUAAAACAGAUUGGCUUUCUAUCAUAAGCUUUAUCAUUGCCAUUCUUGCCAUGGUCAUUGCAACAUUUUCAACAGGCAUCGAUUCUCAAUGUUUUAAGAUUAGGAAAGAGGAAACACGGUCAGAGGAGGAUGUUCCUUAUGGUUAUGGCUUUUUCCACUUUGUUUUUGCAACAGGAGCAAUGUACUUUGCUAUGUUGUUGAUUAGCUGGAAUCCCCACCAUGCAAUGAAGAGAUGGACAAUUGAUGUGGGUUGGACCAGCACUUGGGUUAGAAUAGUGAACGAAUGGCUUGCGGUCUGUGUAUAUCUAUGGAUGCUUGUGUCUCCCGUAAUAUGGAAGGGUUCAGCCUAGGCUCGAAGAAAGCCUCUCUUUGGCCUUUCAUUUGACUUGUCCAUCCACUUGUGAAACCAAUCGAAGCAAAUCGGACAAGAACAUGAAAACACACAUACGACUCCUUGACUUGGUCUGCAACAACUCACUAUCCGAAGAUUUCAAAGCUUUUGAGGCCGUCGCAAAGGAAUAAAUAGAAAAAGGAUAGAGAAAUCACUCAACAAUUUCUUUAUGCUGUCAUUACUCAUUAGUAGAGUCCACCAUUGAUAAAGCAACAUCUAUUAGGUUACAUGACCAUUCAAAUUGCAGAUGCCAAUACUUUUUCUUUCUUCCUUGCAAUCAUUAGAAAUGUAAUUUUGUUGUUCCAUUGAAAUAUAUUUCCCAAUCCUGUACAGUACUACAUAUUUUUGGAAUUUUCCCCUCCAUUAGAAAUUAGUUUAUGCCAUUUGAUGAAAAAUGAGAAUUAAAUUCAGAAUUAA